AUGCUACGGUUAACAUUGAGUGCUGUCACUCUGAUGUACCUGUUGGUUUGGCACGCUGCAUGUGCCUGGAACGUGUCGCUAAAAUGCAAGGAGGACACAACAGCGUUCCUUACGGAAUUACAGAAAGAUACUCCAAGCAAAUAUGCAGUCUUGAUGUACGAUGCAUUUGGUAAGAUUGGCAGUGAUGUUGAAGGAGGGAACGUGAACAGACCUGGGUCUCUGAGAGAGUGUCUGUCUGUGGAGGGCCUGGAGUUCAGGGGACAGUACUGCCAGGUGUUCCUCAAACAGGACAGUGUGGAGUAUUUUGUGGGUGUUUGCGUUCCAGACUCUUGUACAGAAUCAGAAGUCCAGACGCUAGUUGUUUAUGAUGCAUUUGAUCAGAAACAAAUCUCUUUACUUCCUUCUGUGCCUUCAAUCUUAAUGGCGGAUUCCACGCUUGGUGUAUUCAUGACUCAAUGCCUCAGUGAUUCCCCUCAUGCAGACCCGUCUGCCAUAGUCUGCCUGUUUGUGUGUUGUGCGUUAUUGGCGCUUCCUCUCAUAGCUUCCAUCUGUGUUGCGGUAUUAAAAAGGAAGCGAAUGAGAGAGGAGUGGCCAGGGCUGGAUUUCGCUCAUACCUCAAACACCAACCAAUACGGCGCUCUCUUGACUAAUGGCUCAGCCAAUCAGAGGAAAGAGAGCAAUGCUGCCCCGGAUACCACACAGACGAGGGACCAAAAUGCAGAAAAUGACCGGCAGAGCAUCUCAAAGACUGUGUCAUCGUGCCUUCAGGCGCUCUCAGUACAGAAUAGCAGUCAGGGGUUACUCGCCACAGAAAGCUCUGGAAGCAGUUAUUCCUCUCUGAAUGGCAUCCGUAUCCUCAGUUUACUCUGGAUCAUCUCAGGCCACACCAUGCAGCUCAGCGCCUGGAGUAACCUGGAUAAUGAUAAAAGAUGGAAGGAAAUGGUUGAGAGGAACCCUCUGUAUGUCUUUGCCUUCAGUGGGCCAGUGUAUCUAGCGGUUGACUCUUUUCUGCUGCUAGGUGGUCUCCUGAGUGCCAGAUCACUGCUGAGCUCCAUCCAGAGGUCAGAUAACACGCUUAGCUUCAGUCUGGUGGCUCAUUUCCUCUUCAAGCGUUUCAAGCGGAUUCAACCUCUCCACCUCUUCAUCGUGUGCUUGACCAUUGGACUCUUCUCCAUCGUUCAGAGAGGGGUCUUCUGGUUCAUAGCAGAGGAUGAGGUCUACAGCUGUAAGAAAUACUGGUGGUCGAACCUGCUCCUCAUCAACAACCUCUUCACCAUCACAGACAUUUGUGCACCCUGGACAUGGUAUCUCUCCAUUGACUUCCAGUUCUAUGCAACAACACCUUUUCUGAUAUUCCUUUACAGAAUAAACAAAAGCAUGCUUGUCAUUGUGUCGGUUAUUCUCCUAAUGAUCUCCAGUGUAACAGGAGCCCUGAUCACCGGUUUGCUGCAUCUCCCUGUGCACCAGCCAACCACACUGGCAUACGAAAGCUAUUUUCUGUAUUACUACAACAAACCCUACACAAGAUAUGGGCCGUAUCUACUGGGCAUUCUUGCCGGAAUAUACAUGACAACCAAGAAAGAGGCACUUAUAAAGCAACAGUGGCAGGCAGUCAUAGGUUGGCUCUGCUCGCUGUCAGUCAUGGCCCUCUUAGUGGGAUUGGCCUAUGUGCUGAGAGAGGUCCCGCCCUAUCCGUCCCUAACCCAUGCUGUUUAUCAGGGGAUGCACCGCUCACUUUGGGCCCUGGCUUUGGUCUGGAUCAUCCUGGCCUGCGAGGAAGGAUACGGAGGGUUUGUGGAUAAAAUUCUGUCUUUAGGCCUGUGGGCUCCUCUGUCUAACAUCAGCUUUGCCUGUUAUCUGAUCCACCCAAUCAUUAUUAUACUGUACAACGGCAAACAAGAGACAACCAUGCACUAUACAGACUUCAACUUUUUCUACCUGUUUCUGGGUCACCUGCUGUUGACAGUUUCUGUAGGUUACGUGUUAACUGUGCUAAUUGAAAAGCCGUAUCUCUUCCUGCCAAAACGAUAA